AUGGCUGAUGUAUAUGACGGCAGCGACAGGAUGAACGACGUUGAUGAGUCGUCGGGGACAAAGGGCACUUCGUCCGAGGAGUCUCAUGAGGGUGAGAUUGGUACCGAUGCGUGCGAGUACCCCUCCAUACGAUUCUUCCGAUCGGAGAAGGUCCGCGACCAAGGCGGUUUCGUGUCGCCGCGAAAUCAGUACAACGCCCACACGGCGUACCUGGACCUGUCCCAGGUGUACGGCAACGAGGAAAUUAGGGACAAAGUGCUGAGGAAGUACGAGGAUGGGAAGAUGCUCGUGUCGGAUGGGGACUACCUG